CCACCUCCCACCCAAGGCUUUAUUGCUUUCUCAACACCCUCGGGAGCCUCUGCAGUUGUUUAAAAGGAGCAGCGCCUGUAGCAGGAUCCACAAGCCCUGUCCCGGAGAGACGCCUGUACCGCACAGCAGGUGCAAUUUCCCAGCAGCCCUGGCAAGAGCCCAGGCCCUGUACCACCUUACCCCGAUGUCUGGCGAGGCAACCAUGAGUCACUCUGAGCUUGGCGACGGCAGGGUGAAGGAGCUGACCCUAGGCAGCAGGUAUCGGGAAUCCUGGUAUGAGCGGUUCGUGCAGCCCUGUCUGGUGGAGCUGUUGGGCUCGGCCCUCUUCAUCUUCAUCGGGUGCUUGUCGGUCAUCGAGAACGGCCCGGACACCGGGCGGCUGCAGCCCGCCCUGGCCCACGGGCUGGCCUUGGGGCUUGUCAUCGCCACGCUGGGGAACAUCAGUGGCGGACACUUCAACCCUGCGGUGUCCCUGGCGGCCACGCUGAUCGGAGGCCUCAACCUGCUGUUGCUCCUUCCCUACUGGAUCUCGCAGCUGUGCGGGGGGCUGAUUGGGGCCGCCCUGGCCAAGGCCGUGAGUCCGGAGGAGAGGUUUUGGAAUGCCACAGGGGCGGCCUUUGUGACGGUCCAGGAGCAUGGGCAGGUGGUGAGGGCGCUGGGGGCGGAGAUCGUCAUGACGACGCUGCUGGCCCUGGCUGUGUGCAUGGGCGCCAUCAACGAGAAGACGCGAGGCCCCCUGGCCCCGUUCUCCAUCGGCUUCUCCGUCGUCGUGGAUAUCCUGGCGGGGGGCGCUGUGUCGGGAGCCUGCAUGAACCCUGCUCGUGCCUUUGGACCUGCUGUGAUGGCCAACCACUGGAGCUUCCACUGGAUCUACUGGGUGGGCCCUCUGCUGGGCGGCCUGCUUGUUGGAGUGCUCAUCAGGUUCGUCAUUGGAGAUGGGAAAACCCGCCUGAUCCUCAAGGGACGGUGAAGCGCAGCUGGUGGGAUUCCUGCUGUCCCACGUGCCCUCAGCUGCCCCACCCUGGGCUGAGGCCAGCACGGCUUCUGCACUUCCCGCCAGGGCCGAAGCCCACAGCAGAGGCCGAGUCACUUCCACUGGCUCAGGCCCGGCUUCCCGGGCCGUGCCCGCAGCAGGCUCUAGGCUCUGGGAACUCCUUUGGUGCUUGGCAGAGACCUUGGCCUGCGGGAGGUGCUGUCAGCGCUGCCCACAGAGAGAUGGAAACAGCACGGCAGGAGGGUUGUUUUCCUGAGAGGGAAGCUCACAGGAGCAGAGCAGCACUUGGAAGACGCGGCUGUCCACGCACAUCGGCUCUCCCGCCACCCCCUUUUGCUCUUGUCUUUGUGUUCCUUGAGUCCUGUUCUAGAAGGGCCUUCUGGGGCCCAGCCACCUCCUUGCUUCCCACAAUGCCGGUAAUAAACUGUCCCGUGUUUCCUAA